AUGGAGCUAACAUCUAUUCUUCUUCUUUUAACCAAUGGGAUUCCUUUGGCUUUCACUCAGUUCAACGGAUAUAACUGUGAUCCGAACUUUCACAGCAGAUUUCCAGGUGAGCGGGACAUCAGUGUGUACUGCGGAGUGCAGACCAUCACCCUGAAGAUUAACUUCUGCCCUGUGCUCUAUUCCGGUUACACGGACGCUGACUUGGCCCUGAACGGUCGCCACGCAGACGUCCACUGCCGAGGUUUCAUCAACAACAACACCUUCCCCACGGCGGUGCUGUUCAGCAUCAGCCUCAGCACGCUGGAGGCCUGUGGAAACACACUGGUGGUUUCUGCAGCUCAGGGCUACAAUGCUUAUGGAAAUAUGUCCCUAGUGCAGAUAGGAAAUGUAUCAGGCUACAUUGACACCCCAGACCCUCCAACCAUCAUUAGCUACCUGCCUGGCCUGCUGUAUAAAUUCAGCUGCAGUUAUCCUCUGGAGUAUCUGGUCAACAACUCUCAGCUGGCUUCAUCUUCAGCUGCUAUAUCAGUAAAAGACAACAAUGGCACGUUUGUGAGCACCUUGAGCUUGAUUCUGUACAAUGACUCGUCCUUCACUCAACAGCUGUCCAUCCCCAUGGCUGGUCUACCACUGAAGACCAGAGUGUUUGCCGCAGUGAGGGCUACUAACCUAGACAGGAGGUGGAAUAUCCUGAUGGAUUACUGUUACACCACUCCCUCUGGGAAUCCCAAAGAUGAGAUACGCUAUGACCUUUUCUUCGGAUGUCACAAAGACCCGCAGACGACCGUUUUCGAGAAUGGGAAGAGUCAGAUGGGACGCUUUGCAUUUGAGGUUUUCCGCUUUGUGAAGCAUAAAAACCAGAAAAUGUCCACUGUCUUCCUGCACUGUGUCACAAAGCUGUGCCGGGUCGAUGACUGUGCCAUGUUGAUGCCGAUCUGUGCUAGAAGAAGGAAACGGGAGGAGAGUCCAGCUCCACCUCCUGGAGAUGCAGUCAUAACUGCAGGCCCCAUAAUCACCAGGGGUGAUGAAACUCCUACCAACAACUCCCAGCUUGCAAGUGAUCAUUCCCUACAGCUGGACACUGUGACUAGUGCUCUGGUCUCAGGGGUGGUGGUGCUGGGGGUCAUGAGCCUGGGCUUCUUUAUCCUCUCUCUCAGGCUGCUCCGGAGGUCCAGUCCCUCGACCCUGACCGUAGUCCGCAACCCCAGUUUCAAAUGA